ACUAAGUAGAACUAACCAAGAUGAACUCCAAAAUGCAAAAACACGGCCAACUUCGAACAAUGAUUUGAUGACUUACCCAAUUGAGAUACCUAAAGAAUCAAAAAUCACUCCAUUAGUUACUGCACUUGAAAAUGCAAUAGAAGAAAACUAUGCAAGUUUCCAAUUUCCAGGACAUAAUUUAGGACUUGCAGCUCCAUCAUCGUUAACUCGACUCAUCGGUGAACUACCCUUCCAUUACGAUUUGGGAGAAAUCGACGGUCAGUUUACUCUGGAAAACCCGAUUUUAGAAGCAGAGAAGCAAGCAGCAGAGGUGUUUGGUGCAUCAAAGACAUGGUUUCUUCUAGGAGGUUCAACUUGUGGUGUUCUUGCAGCUAUUAUGGGUACCUGCAACCCCGGGGAUACGUUGAUUCUGCCUCGAAACUGUCAUAUAUCAGCAAUCUCUGCAUUGUUCUUGUGUGGAGCCAUUCCUAAGUAUAUAUUCCCUGAUUAUGAUUCUCACUGGGAUGCUGCAACUUCAGUCUCUCUAUCAGAGGUGGAGAGGGCAAUCCAGGAAUCGGAGAUUGAAGGGCGAAAACCAGCUGCAGUUUUUAUUACUUCCCCAACAUACAAUGGAAUAUGCAGUAAUGUAAAAGAGAUUGCUACGUUGUGUCAUUCACGCGGUAUACCUUUGAUUGUAGACGAAGCUCAUGGGGCACACUUCGGUUUCCAUCCACAGCUUCCGAUUUCAGCUCUUCAACAAGGCGCCGAUGUAGUUGUGCAAUCAACUCACAAAGUGUUAAUGUCUCUAACUCAAUCAUCAAUGUUACAUAUAUCACAAAGCUUACUAGUAGACAAGGAAAAAAUAAACAGAUGCCUUCAGAUUCUUCAGAGUACUAGCCCAAGUUUUCUGCUUUUAGCCUCACUUGAUGCUACUGCAGCUCAGUUAAAAGAAAACCCGGAAAUUGUCUUUGACAACGCGAUUCAGCUAGCAAAAGAAGCUAAAACUGCACUGAAACAAAUUCCAGGCAUAUCAGUACUCGAUUUUCCUAACACAGACCCUUUAAGAGUGACUGUUGGUGUUCAUGAUCUUAAUGUUUCCGGGUAUGAAGCAAAGGACUUCUUGUUCAAUGAUCAAAGGGUAGUCCCGGUUUUAACUGGAUCUCGUGCCAUUACAUUUUUGUUUACUCCAGGAAGCUGUAAAGAGCAUGUUACUAGACUUAUCGCGGGGUUUGUGAACCUGUCAUCGUCCUGCACCCUGCAGAAGACUAAGAAGCAGGGGGUUGAGCGCACUGCAAUACAACCAUUUGUUGAUAUUGAAAUUAAACUUACUCCUAGGGAAGCAUUUUUUGCUAAGAAAAAGAAGGUAGAUGUAAAAGACACCCUUGGGAAGAUUUGCGGCGAGCUGAUAUGUCCGUAUCCACCAGGCGUUCCGGUUAUGAUUCCAGGUGAAGUGAUAUCAGAAAAAGCCCUGAAUAUAUUGUUACAAGCUAAAGCAUAUGGUGCUAGAAUUACGGGAGCUUCUGAUCCUAAUUUGUCAUCGAUUUUAGUUUGUGAUGUCUAAAUGAAGAUGAGGGUAGUGAUUACUAAAUAUUUUAAGCCUUUGCUUGAUAAAGAUUGAAGUUUGAAGUGUAGGUAAUAAUGUUGAUUUCUAAAUUUAAUUAAAUUUACUCUUUUGUACUCCGUAUUGUAAAACCUAAUAAUGUUGAUUUCUAAAAAUAAUGCGAAGUAAUUUUUUUUUUUAUUUUUUUACUUUUUUUUUGGUGGAAAUUCUUAAUGGUAAACAUAUAAAAUUAUGCAUCAUAUCAUAUCAUAUCAUCAUAUCACUAAUCUAUGACAUAUACAAAAGUCCCAAGCACCAAAUUUACUGUUCACUUAGCAAUAGUGACGUUCCUUUUCUGCCCUUAGCCCCCUAAACUGGACCCCCCAAAUCACUAGGGUUAUUUUUGUCUUUUCGUUUCUCCUUUUUUUUUUUUUUUUUGUGGGGGGGGGGGGGGGGGGGGUUAGUUUUGUCUGAACUUCUAGCUUGGCGUGAUGUGUCUUCUUCUCCUUUGCUCUUACCUUGUUAGUUAUGAGUGCUUUGCAUGACUGGUACUGAUCUUUCCUCCUUUUUUUCCUUUUCUUCCAUCUAAUGUCGUAACAUUUUGUGGCGGAGUUUUCUUCUACCACGGUGAUGCCGGCGGAAAUUGAUCGACGGCUGAUGCUGCUGGUGCUGCGACGGUCCUGGCCCAUGUAAACAAUUGUUUUGAGCUGCGACAUUGAUUAAAACGGGAAAAAUUGAAGAAAAUCAAAACCCUUAAAAUUGACAUUCGACCAUUACACAAAGAAAACAUCUUUACCUUAGAAAGUCGUUUCAGUGGAAGGUAGAUAGAAAUCAGAAGCCACUUCAAUGGAGAUGUGUCCUGGUUCUUUGGGGUAAAUUGUUCGAUGGCGUGGUUGUGUGGAGCUUGGGUUGUGGCUGCAUUGCAGUUGUGGUUUGCACAUUUUAAGGUUUGUUGUUUUCCGGUUCGGUUUUGCUUCGUAAUUGAUUGUUGUUUGGUUUAUUAAGUUUGUAAUAGUGUGAUUAGAGGUGUUUGAUUAGGGGAUUUGUUUUUUUUAAUGCAAUUUAGGCUUGAAUUGGAUUGGAAUUGUUUCAGAAAUAUACCUAGCUUUGAUUAUAUUAGCUUAUUAGCAGUUGUAGUUAUGAUUAAAUGAUGGUUUCGUUGCUAUUAUUGUUUGCUAAUUGUUUUACGCAAGAAAUGUUGUGCUGUUUAUCUUGAUGUAAUUAAAAAAGAAUAUUAUUAGUAGUUGUUGAUUGUUAAAGGCUGGUUUGGGAGUUAAAUUAGCUGAUUAUUAGUAGUUUUGGUUGUUAAAGGCUGUUUUGGGAGUUAUUACUGUUAGUGACUGGUUUUUGAACAGUGAAUGUAAUGGUUUGUUUGUAGAAUUUGUACUUUAAUUGUGAUUUUUUGUUUUUAGAAUUGCUUAGGAAAUGUACUUCACUGCAUAUUUUUUUUUGUUAUUUUUUAUUGUUAAAAAGGAAGAUAUUUUUCUUAUAUUAGUAACAACUUCUAUGGUAAAUUGUCCUUUCAUUUUUGCCUCUUUUUGAA